CGAGAAAGUGCUGCAUGGUGUACCGUAUGGUGACGUGUUUUACUCGAUGAAAACAGGACAACAAAACACACAGAAAACCCAUCAGCAGUGGACAGUACCGUAAAUAUUACUACACUCAGUACAUCACGGCAUCUUCUCCAAGAAGGACGACAACAGCGCGACAAGGGAUAUUUACACAAUUCGACGAGGCACCGCGCAUCCCAUUUAAUCAAACUGCUCCUCCCAAAAGCAUAAUCAUGAUGAAAUUGACGAGAGCAGUUCUUUUGUCGCAGGUCUUCUUUGGACUGCACUCAGAAGCCUUCGCCCCUCCCAAUCGGCAGGAGAGCACGGCGCUGUAUUCAACRGCCGAAGGAGCGACUGCAGUAACUGCCGAACUCGACCUAGAUCCGAAGGAAGUUGUGAAGGUAUUUGGUCGAUUGGCAGAAAAGUACAUCAUGCUUGACGAGAGUGGCGGCAUGUGCUGCUAUUCCGCAUGCAAGGAUUGUGAGUUUCGACUUCCCGGUGGUGGCUACAAAAUGGCCGACCAGAGCGCUUCUCGACCCAAAUGGAUCCCGGUGUACGAAGAACGAAUCUUUGAGGGUCAGGGCAAAGAACACAUCGCAAAAUGGAAAACUGGGAUUUUUCCAGAUGGUGCCACCGUCGUDACAAAAGAAGAAUUUGUCGACGCUGUUUUGGGAUUGGAUUUUGCCACACCAUUGGGAGGUCCUUUUGUGUCCAAAUCGGCGGGAAAAUUGGAAGAAACUACUGUUACAGAGUGUCUCUUUGAUAUUUUGGCGGAUGGCAAGGAUAAACUAACUCGACACAGAAUGGGUUUGGGUUUGAAAAAAUUGUCGGGAGAUGAAGCUGGAUUAACAUGGGCAGGCUUUUCGGCAGCAAUGGGACUGUAAUUGUAGUGUAGUUCGUCACUUUCAUUUACCAGAAAGGUGCUUUACCRCAUUUGGACRAUAUCGUGAUCUCCGAAAAACUAAAAUUUCCAAUUUUGU